GGAAUGUUUUCUCCCCACAACCAAGUUUGGGAACAAUCGUCCCGACCGUGACGGUUUGGCACCGGUGGGGCUCUAGGCCAGAAGGCUCCCUCUCCUCCCCAGAGGUGGAUGCCAGGCAGGUCUCUCCUGGUCAACGCCAUGGCUAAGACCCUGAGUGACCAUCUGCUGUACUCCCUGGAGGAGCUGGUGCCUUAUGACUUUGAGAAGUUCAAGUUCAAGCUGCAGAAUAUAAGCCCGGAGAAGGAGCAGCCCCGGAUCCCCAGCAGCCAGCUGCAAAGAGCCCGGCCAGUGCGGAUGGCCUAUCUACUACGCACAUACUAUGGCGAGCCAGGGGCUGUGCAGCUGACCCUGCAGGUGCUGCGGGGCAUGAACCAGAACCAGCUGGCAGAGGAGCUGCACCGUGCUACCAGCCCAGAAAAUUUCAUCCAAGAAAAGGACGCAGGCAGCUCUAGUGGGGAGAGCAUGCCCAGGGGCCUGAGGAUGCCCGAGGUCCUGCAAGGAGCCGGGCAGCUGCAGAGUGGGGAAAGGCCGGCCGGCCAGCCCGAGACUUCAGGGAGGGCAUCCCAGAAGAAGCCUGUGAACAAACACAGAGACCAGAAGGGCCCCGAGGUGCUGUGCAAGCCGGAGACCAAGAAACUGAAUGUGGGGACCAAGAGAGUCCUGCUUCCCAACAAGGUGCAGGACAAGAGUACCGGGCUCCGCAGGAAUGCCAGCUCUGCAGGAAGGCUGCAGGGCCUCUUCAACUCGGGCGUCACAAGGAGAGAGCACAAUGUCUCUUCAGGAAAGGAGCGACCCAGGAGUCUCGAAAUCACCAUUUCUUCCAGCGAGAGAGAACUCCCCAAUCAAGGAACUCUCCUGACUCAAGAGAAGGUUCCCCACUUAGCUGGGAGACUGGCCCAGGCUGGAUGUCCACUAUACUGCGCCCAGGAAAGAGGCCCAGCGGGUGGCGCCUGCCUGCCAGGUUCCCACAGCUGGCCCUCAAUGGCUCCCAGGGACCCCAAGGCCUCGAACCCAGCAGGCUGCCAGGCUGCGCUCCCCACGAAGAACUCUGGGUGCUGCGAGUGGCAGGAGGGUCAGCCAGUGGCCAGCCUGAGCCCCAGGGCCCUGCCGCAGUGCAAGCGCCACCUGAGGCAGGUCCAGCUGCUCUUCUGUGAGGACGAUGAGCAGCCCAUCUGCCUCAUCUGCAAACUGAGUGAGGAGCACCGCGACCACCGGGUUCGCCCCCUGGAGGAGGCUGCCCUGGACUACAAGGAGCAAAUUCAGAAGCAAGUAAAACAUCUGAAGGAGCUGAGAUGCUCAGUGGAGGAGCAGCGCUCGCAUGGACAUACGACAACUGAAGAACUCCUGAAACAGGUAGCGGCCCAGAAGCAGAGGGUGCAGAGGCAGCUGCAGGAGCUGUGCCAGUUCCUGGAACAGCAGGAGCAGCUCUUUGUGACCUGGCUGGAGGACCUUGGCGAUGCCAUCAGCCAGGCUGGGGAGACGUAUGGCACCCGGGUGUCGGGGGACAUCGCCUCUCUCGACGAGCUGAUCUGGGAUCUGGAAGCCAGGCAGUGCCAGUCCAUGUGGACGCUCAUGCAGGACAUCGGAGUCACCCUGCACAGGGCCAAGACAAUGACCAUCUCUGAGCCAUGGACAACCUCCCAAGACACGGAGAAGAAGAUUCAGCUGCUUUGCCAGAAGUCAGAGUCUGUGGAGAAGAACAUGAAGAGGUUCUCAGAAACCUUGCGUUCAGAAAUAGAGACAUUCAGUGUCCCUGAUCUUAUGGGAGCCCAAGCACAUGCUGUUCAGGUGACUCUGGAUGUAGAAACAGCCCAUCCCAACCUCGCCAUUUCUGAAGACCGGAAGAGUGUGAGACUUGGCAACAAGGACAACCGCCUCCCUGACAGCCCGGAGAGGUUUGAGAGCUGCAUGGUCACCCUGGGCUGUCCCAGCUUCUUCUCAGGCCGCCAUUACUGGGAGGUGGAGGUGGGAGAUAAGACUGGGUGGAUUCUGGGUGUCUGCAAGUCCAAUGUGAACAGGAAGGGGAGUAUGACACUGUCCCCAGAGAAAGGCUACUGGGUGUUGAUGAUGACAAGGCGAAAUGAGUACCAGGUGUCCACCUUCCCCCCAACCCACCUGUACAUUCGGGAGCCACCCAGAUGUGUGGGCAUCUUUCUGGACUACAAGGGUGGAGGCAUCUCCUUUUACAACGUGACAACCAAGUCCCACAUCUACACAUUCACCGGCUUCGCUUCCUCGGAGCCGCUCCGAUCGAUGUUCAGCCCUGGAACCCAUGAUGGAGGGAAGAAUGUGGAGCCUCUGACCAUCUGUCCAGUGGGUGGCCAGGGCCCUUGAGGACGCCCACAUGCGUGUCUCAUGAUUCUCUCGGCCUGCAUCCUGAAUGUGUACACUCAAUCGUCCCCUGUGGGAUGCCAGCUGCUCAGGGUACUAAGCAAGAGAAUCAUCCCUUGCCCGGGAAGCUGAUGAAACAGUAGCAGAGAAGUCAGGUCCACAGACACUGUAAACUCCGUGUGAAGAGAACAUGAGCCCUGCUGACAUGCCAUGGCUUUGGAGGAGGCAGUGUGUGGCUGUGGGGAUAAGCACGCCCAGGGCCUCCGCGUUCCUUCCCUCAGCUUUUCAUCCCCAGGAAGUGUCCUGUGACUUGCUGAAUGGCAUGCUCACUCGCCUGCGCCCUUCUUUCCUCUAAGAGGCUGCAGCUGGGAUGCCCAGCUAGGUGGCCACAGCAGGGAGCACUGAUUGCUCCUUGUGUUCCUGGGAGGGUAACUGGGACAAGCCAGGAGCUCCACACGGGCACGCUCAGGUGCCACCGGCCACACACUGUGUCUGGGCAGGGGACGCCGCUUUGUCUGCUCCCCAUAUCUGCCGAGGCUCCAGGGGCCACAGUGCAGUCAGCUUUAGUUCCCAGUACCACCAUCACCAGAACUGAGCAGUGCGACGGUUAAAACAAAAUUCAUGCCCAAAAUAAGUCUGUCAUUCAAACAUGUUUGCUGAUUUAAUGGAGGUGUAAUGGGGUUUUGCUUGUGGUUUAAUUUAUUUCAUUACAUGUUAGUGAAUUUGUGUGUGUGUGUGCAUUUCUGGGGAUUUACUGAUGUGUCUUCCUAUAGAAUUAGGAUGGGUUCUUUUGACAACGGGUUCAUUUGUUUGAUGGAACUGAGAUACUGAACUCAGCUGUAAAUAUUAUAGGUACUGAACAAGUU